CUGUUGCUAUGGUGAUGACGCUCUCCCCGUAAAUGGUGGCACGUCCGUAAGAGCUGCUACUUCCACAUUUAAUGACGUUUAAAGCUCGGGGAGAUGAUAGGAAACCGACACAGCCACCCUUCUCUUUAACCCAGCGGAGGCGAACCCCUGACAGCAGCAUCCCUGACAUGCCCCACAAGGCGGAGUGCGCUUAGCCGGUGUGGCUAGUCUGUUUAUCCACAAUUCUCGAUAUUUUAGAAGCUAUUCGACGGCCGCGUAUUUUUAGCUGUAAGGUUGCGAGGCCAGUUGUGUGUCAGAAGAAAAUUCGCCAUGGCGUCAGCAAAUGUAACACUGGAAAAUCAGUUGCAGAGUGCACAGAAAAACCUGCUCUUCCUCCAGCAGGACCACGCCAACACACUGAAGGGGCUGCACGCAGAGAUCCGCAGAUUACAGCAGCAGUGCACAGACCUGACGUAUGAGCUCACUAUCAGAAGCUCCGAUCCCUCAGACAGCAGCGAGGCCCGAUGCAGGGAGCUUCAAAGGAGGUGUGAGGAGCUGGAGGCCCAGUUAAAGAAGAAAGAGGAGGAGAACACAGAACUUCUCAGGGACCUGGAGCAAAAGAACGCCAUGAUUUCUGUCCUGGAAAACACCAUCAAAGAGAGAGAAAAGAAGUACCUGGAGGAGCUUAAGAUGAAGAGCCAUAAACUGGCUGUUUUGUCUGGAGAGUUAGAGCAGAGAGCCAGUACCAUUGCUUACCUUACCUCACAACUACAUGCCACUAAGAAAAAGCUGUUAGCCAGCAGUUCCUCUGAGGCCAGCCCUAACGCCAGUCCUGUCACCUCGUACAAGCCCACGCCUCCACCGGCCAAGGACAGGCAGCCUGAAACCCCUCGUCGCCGCAUGAAGAAGAGCCUCUCCCAGCCUCUACAUCCAGAGUUGACAGAGGUGUAUCGCCUUGGAGCGGACGGUAGACGGAUGGUGCUGCGGGAGACAGUGGAUGCCAUGCCUGACCCAACACCCUUCUUGCAGGCAGGCAGAGAGUCUCCUGAACCACAGGUAGUUUGUGAGCGGCCUGCUGUCAUCCCUCCCAUCGCCUCUGAGCGCUCGCAUGCUCCUCCACUGGGCGCUACGGCAAGUCCGCGACACAGCCCCGCACGGGACCGUCAGUACAGGGCUCACGUGGGCGUGGCACAUCGCAUUCCACAUGGCACUCCUCCCCUGGCUCCGCCACAGGCGGACGUGGAGACUCUGGCAGUGGACCAGGUCAACGAGGAGAAGGUUGUGCGGAAGCGCUCGGGAGCCGACAGGACAGUUUAACACUGCACUGCAAACCUGCACCUUAAAUGCACAUCUACUGUAUACACACCACACUGCAAGAACAAGAAACAGCCUGAACCACUUUGUAGCCUGCUUUUUACGCAACACUGCAAUAUUAAAAAAGGAAAUUAUGAAAGUA